AUGCCUCCUUCCGCACAGCCCGACGCAAGGCCUGCUCCUGGAGCUAGUAAGGCCCGUGUUGUCAAGAAGAGCAAGAAAGGGAGAAAAGGACAGCUCUCUCAGCAGCGUGAAGGCCAACGACCUCCUCGAUCAAACGUUCUGGCACGGCAUGCUCAACAGGCCAUGACGACGGGCAAACCAGUCGCCGAGACAUCCAACAAUCCCCUUGCUACCGACGACGCAACAGUCCAUACAUCGCAAUCUCAUGCAGUGCAAGCACCUGCCCCUAUCAAUGACCUCAGUGGGCAUGCAUACGUUGAGGAGUCUCCGCUGGUGAAAGAGCAUGAGUGUGUCGCCCACGUUGAGGAGUCCUGCAACACCACUCAGACCAUUCCGGACACGACUUUCCAAGAAUUUCCAGAUUCUUCCGCUCAGCGCGAGUUCCCCACGUCCUCUAUGUUUGUGACAUCGACUUUGCCUCCGAAAGUGGACGAUACGGAGCGCGAGCAACAGCCGCUCGCAGAUGUUCACUAUCAGGAUCGCGGGCUGGUAUCCGCCGAAGAAUGUACUCCAUUGCCGGCUCAGGACUCUGGCCUCCAUAUCCCAGACAAUGACGAGUCGGUUGCUGUGGCCAUCCAGUCCAAUCAGCUGCAGCAGCCCGAAAUAUGUGCAAGAAGUCAACAGUCUGCCCCACUGCCAAAGGAUUCCGAAGCUGUUCUACAUCGAAUCUCCCACCAGGACGCAUCUCACCGUGUGGCUAAACCUCGAAGAAAGCUACGACCCAGUGGUUCGGUACCAAACAGCCCCCAGGAGCAGGCCAUGUCUCUCAGUGUUGAUCAAGCAAUGGAGAGCGUGAGAGUGGCAAUGUUGGCUGACAAAUUCCGGGCCAAGCAUGAAAGCAUGAUCGUCGCUAAGCAGCGCGAAGCGGAAAUUGCAGGACUUCAGGGCACGAUCAACGAUCAUGUCCAGGCUAUCGCAGAGCGUGAUGCGAGCAUUCGAAGCCUGAAAGAAGCUUUCAGUCAACUCACCGACAAGGCCAAAACCAACCAGAAGUUCGUGCAUGGCCUUCAGCAGGACUACGAGAAGCUGCAGAAGUCUGCUGCGAGCUUCCAAAAGCACAGCCAGGUGACACUGACAGAGAAGAUCACCGAGCUUGAGGAUGAAAAGAAGACGUUGUACCGCGAAUGCGAGACUGCAAUUGACAAGCUUGCUGCAACUCAAAAGAAGAUGAAGUCCGCGCUCGACGAUGUCUACGGGCGGUUCAUCAUAUCGGAGUCAAAGAGGAUAGAUCUUAUCGAAAAUCUGGGCAAGCGGGACGCCGAAAUCGGAGAAGAGCGGAGAAAACGCGAACACAUGGAAAAUCAGCUCCUAUCAAGCGUUCAGAGUAUUCCCGGUAAGAUUGUCGAUGCUUCUGAUACUCUGGCCAAGAAGUUGGAAUCACUCCAGACUUCGAUUGAACAGGCGCCUGCCCAUGACGAUCGAAAUGACCCGAUCGAAGAAUGUCUGGACGCUUUGCGAACCCUGCAGAUGUCGCCAGCCUUGACAGCUAAGGACAUCGAGAAGAUGGAAAGCACGACCAUAAGGAGCGAACCAACUCCUGACACGGAACUCCGGAAUUUUAUCGGAGAGCGACUGAAUAGCCUUCAGGAAGCGAUGCUGAGAUACGAUGAGGCUACUACCGAGAACCGCAAAACGCAGGAGCUAAACGUUUCUCUUAAGGUGAAGCUCGAGGAGCAGCAGCAACAUUCCCAUCAACUCAACGAGCAAAUCAAGGAGCUCCAGCAGUCCGAGGCCAAUCUUCGGGCCCAAUCCGAUCAGCUGGAACGGGAUCUGAAUGAACUGAGAGUUUCUCCCCCCGUCCCACACGUCGACACGGAGAAGUUCGAGCGAGAAGCUGUUGACCUUCGCCAACAGUUGAAGAAGGUUGAGGGUGACCUGGAAGCUGCAAAUAACAAGGUCGAGACGAUUGAGCAGGAAAGAGAUACGUACAAGAGCCACUCCGAUGAUCUCAAGACGCAGCUACAGGAAUUGCAGCAGAAGCAUAGGGUUGAAGACGACGUCGCCAUACAAGAGGAGAUCGUCAAAGACUGCGAGAGUAGAUUCAUGGAGAAAGAACGCAACUUGAAGAGCGAAAUCGACCGACUCACAACUGAACGCGACGAGAAAGAAAACGCACAUGAGGAAGUGAGCUUCAAUUUGGACGCCGCGGAUAACCAGAUCGAUGAGCUAGAGGACAAGAUCCGUACACUUGAAUCGAAGGCGUUGGAAACGACAAACAUCCAAGAGCAGCUACGACAGACGACCGAAGAGCUUCACACCAAGGGUAGGGGCCAUGCUGAGUUGAGUCGCCGUUGCGAGGAGAACGUCGAGAAGAUCUCUGAGCUGCAAGGUCUGCUCGAUAAAUCACAAGCCCAAGCAGUCGAACAACGUACGACGAUGCAAACUAUGCGCGAAGAGGCUGAUGCUACACUUGGCAAAGUACAACAAGAUGCAAGCAAUACGCUCCAACUUUUACACAAUCAGAUCUCUAAACUUCAGGAGGAAAAGAAGGAUGUGUCGUCCAAAGUUCAGCAAGCCCGGACCAAUGAGGGCAAACUGCGACAAGACGUAGCCGAACUACGCGCUGCAAAGGAAGCAGACGAAUCUCGAUGCCAAAAAGAUGCCGAUCAAGAGCGCGAGAAGCUGAAUGAGCAACAUCGCACCGUGAUUGAUGACUGGAACCGUCGUCUGACCGAGAAAGACGCUGCAUUGGAAAAAGCAGAAGCGGAUUUACGGCUCGCGGCAGACCAGUUCAAAGCCAAGCUAGCAGCUGAUCGCGAACAGGCAGAGUCAAACAUGCAGAGACUCGAACGACAAUAUCAGGAUGUGAUCAAGGCUGAACGCGAAAAGGUUCGCCGCAAUCAACAAGACGGCUCCCAAGUACAGGGUGGCAAGAGUGUAUUACAGGAUCCACGCGAUGCUGUACAGGCAGCGAAGCCCCGGAAGAAACUUCAACGACAAAAUCACUCGGUGCUCGACGGUCUUCAUGGUCAGAGUCCUCACUUUGAGAAGCCAUCAUGGGCCUUGGACGCCGAGUUCUCACAGACUCAGCUUGACGAUGACGACUUGUUUGCAACACAACAUCACACUCAUGAAACCCCCAAUAACGCAGACAGCAUUGAUCACGAACCUGGGACGGCUACAGAAACUCAGGAUCUUGGAAGUGCAUCUAUCUCGCAGGAUAUAUUCAGCAUGUUCCGACCGUCACAGCAAGAUCCCAAUCGCCAAGUCUCAAGCUCGUUGAAUUUGAGUAGCAUAUCUCUCGACGACUUAGCAGCGCUGGAUGAGACCCAGCCUGCUUCAGGUGCUAUGCUUCGUGGUUACCCCACGCAAAUGCAAAAGCAACGCCGUCAGCCGACAACGUAUCUGUGGCUGGCUCUCACUCAUCUCGAUCAUCCGGACGACCACGAUCGCAAGCCAACACAGCGUCGCGAAUGA